AUGAGCUACUAUGGCAGCUACUACGGAGGCGUAGGCUACGGCUACGGAGGCUUCGGGGGCCUGGGCUAUGGCUAUGGCUGUGGAUGUGGCAGCAUCCGGAGACUGGGCUGUGGCCAUGGACUUGGAGGCUAUGGAUACGGCUCUGGCUUUGGGGGCUACGGCUAUGGCUCAGGCUAUGGAAACUAUGGCUAUGGCUGCUGGCGCCCUUCAUGCUGUGGAGGAUAUGGGUUCUCCAGCUACUACUGA